CCCGUCUGAGUUCUGCGGAACUCCUUUUGAGUAGAGGGAUUUUUAGGAUUAGAAUCCGGUAGUAUUUAAGAACCGUUCCAUUUCCGGUAACCCGGGAAGCAAUUUGAAGAUGGCGUCCUCCUCACUGGACGGGCCGGACAGGGCGGCUGGGAAAAGUGAGUCUCGGAGGCAGAAUGCGAAGCCGGAGGACCGAGAUGAAUCCGAACUCCUCACUGUUCCUGACGGUUGGAAGGAACCCGCUUUUUCCAGAGAGGACAAUCCCAGAGGACUCCUAGAGGAGAGCAGUUUUGCAACUUUGUUCCCAAAAUAUAGAGAGGCUUACUUGAAAGAUUGCUGGCCGUUGGUUCAGAAAGCCUUGAAUGAACAUCACGUUAAUGCAACCCUGGACCUGAUCGAGGGCAGCAUGACUGUUUGUACAACAAAGAAGACCUUUGAUCCAUAUAUCAUCAUUAGGGCCAGAGACCUCAUAAAACUAUUAGCAAGGAGUGUUUCAUUUGAACAGGCAGUACGAAUUCUUCAGGAUGAUGUCGCAUGUGACAUCAUUAAAAUAGGUUCUUUAGUAAGAAAUAAAGAAAGAUUUGUUAAAAGAAGACAACGGCUCAUCGGUCCCAAAGGGUCUACAUUGAAGGCGUUGGAACUCUUAACAAACUGUUACAUUAUGGUUCAGGGAAACACAGUUUCAGCCAUUGGACCUUUUAAUGGCUUAAAAGAGGUUCGAAAAGUAGUCCUAGAUACAAUGAAGAAUAUUCAUCCAAUCUAUAACAUUAAAACCUUAAUGAUUAAACGAGAGUUGGCAAAAGAUUCUGAAUUAAGAUCACAAAGUUGGGAAAGAUUUUUGCCACAGUUCAAGCACAAAAAUGUGAAUAAACGCAAGGAACCGAAGAAAAAAACUGUUAAGAAAGAGUAUACACCAUUCCCACCACCACAGCCAGAAAGUCAGAUCGAUAAAGAAUUGGCUAGUGGUGAAUACUUUCUGAAGGCAAGUCAGAAGAAGCGACAGAAAAUGGAAGCAGUGAAGGCUAAACAAGCAGAAGCGCUCAGUAAGAGGCAAGAGGAAAGAAAGAAAGCUUUUAUUCCACCUAAAGAGAAACCAGUUGUGAAACCGAAGGAAGCUUCUACUGAAACUAAAAUUGAUGUGGCUGCCAUCAAGGAAAAAGUUAAGAAAGCAAAGAAUAAGAAGCUGGGAGCUCUUACAGCUGAAGAAGUUAAGCUUAAAAUGGAAGCAGAUGAAAAGAAAAAGAAGAAAAAGUAACAUACAGAAAAAAAACUGAACUAAAACUUAAUAAGCUUUCUUCUUUUGUAAAGGAUUUUGAGAUACUAGGGCAUUAGUUGCCUUAUCUGAUGAGUAUACUCUGAUGAUUUUUUUUCUGAGUUUAUUUUUUAGAAAAGUGUUUAUAUAAACAGCUGUUCUUUAUAAACAUAAAUUAUUGUAUUCUUGAUGUGUUUUUUGAAAAAUUUUAUAGUAGAAAGUGGUAUAUAUGCCUUUGUAUAUUUUGCAUCUAAUCUGUUCCAGGUGGGUUUUGCCUAAGCAUGAUUUUAGGAUUAACUCUUUAGGUGGUUUAUAUAAAUAUUUUUUGGAAUGUGGCUAUUGUAAUUAGCCAUCAAAUCCAGUGUCUCAUGCCAUUCGUUAGUCUUUAAAUCAUGUCUCAGCAUUUGUUUUGAGGAAAAUAAAUGCAGAUUUUUCAAUGUGCUCUCUAAUGAUAACAGUAAACAUUUAGGCAUA